AUGAAAACGUUCCGGUUAAAGUCUUCAUUGGACGAGGACCUCGUCAAGGAGUGCGGAAACAAAGUACGUGCUUUGCAGACCCAAAAGCGGUGCUCUGUUCGCAAAUGGCUCACAUUCACCGAUGAAGAAUACGAGCCAUUUUCAGACACAGCUUUCGUGAUAGUAGACAUGCGAACUUCGGAGGAUUGUGCUGUCAGAAUAUACACGAGCGACUUUCAACACAAGAUUACGAUCGGGAUAGAAAACAAAGGCUAUGCUGUCAUCGUACCGUGGGAGCCAGGAUUGAACAUUUUAUGCAAUGCAAGCUGUAGGAUUGGUGAAGUCAUAGCUACCGAAGGCAAUUCUCCAUAA